AUGAUGACGAGGAACUCGACGACUCAUUAUAAUUUCGCUCGCCAAGUGGUUGCCGUCGUGCUACAACUACUACUGCUAGUUCUCAAUGUAAUCUUUGGUCCAUCAACAACAACAACAGCAGCAUCCUUCUUCUCCGGAGAUAUUCAAUCUUUUACUCCCAAUAAUCAUCAUCAGCCUUCUUCGGGAGCAACUCCCAUCUUUCAUCAUCGGUAUGGUUUCAGAAAUUGUUCCUAUGAAGAGCGAAUACCGAGUAUUAUCAACACCAACCAUUCAUCAUCCUAUACAUUUGUACGGAUACCUUUAAAUGAAGAAUUAUUUUCUCAGUUCCGAGAUUUGCCUUUUGGCUUUGGAUGUGAGAGUGUUGAAUUUCCUCAAGCCAUCUCGGAAGAUGAUUUUGCCAUUUACAUUUUUGCAAACAACAUGAAAAACUCUGAAUUCUACGCACCCAUAUCGACCUCAGCAGAACGGUAUGAUGUAUGCGAAAAGUAUCAAUCGUUGCAAGAGAGUUGUGCGGAUUUGUUGUGUGGAGCUGCCCACCAGCAAAACCGUUUGAAUUAUUCAUUAGUGAACUAUUGUCAAUAUUGCCGUAAUGCCAAAGGAUUUGUUGAAUUUCAUCACAGACUCCAAAAUACGGACAGUUAUAUUGAAACACCCAAUGACGGGUUGCAACGUGGCUACAACUCGUGUGGUAAUUUUUCUAAAUUUCCAUCUGCCUUCUAUUGUGGAGAUAUCAGUAAGGGGCUUCCCUUAUAUUAUCAGAGUGAUCUAAAUUUCAAAUUAUUGAAAAACCCCUAUUUCUGUUAUUGUGCCAAAGAGAACAGCUACUCAUUUUCGUGUGAUAACUUUUGGAAUGAUCAGCACACAGCGACCGCUAAAAUGGUGUUGACUGUUAUUAUUAUGGUUCCAGCUUUUAUAGCUUGCCUUUUUGCCUAUACUCUACCCCUAUUGAAAAGUUUCACACGAAAACGGAACCUCAAUGUUGUGAAUAUUUUCAGCAUGUUCAUUAUGGGAGCGGCAUGCAUGACCAUGCUCGUGGGCGGGGUUACAGCUGUCUUCUUACCCAUACUCAAUUAUACAUUGCUUUCUUCUAGCUUAUUCAUGAUUCACAUUUCGAUAUUACCUGCCCUACUUGUUUUCGAUCGCAUCUACAUGUUCCUCAAGACUUCAGAAAAUAGAAAUUGCAUUAUUUUCACAAGUAUUACAUUUGGAGCCUUGGUACUCUAUGCCUUAUGUUUGGGUGCAUGUAUUGCCAUUGAGGUGUUAAUAUUUUCGUAUGCGUAUUCAAGUAUAUCUCACAUAUUAUUGCUAGUGAAUUAUAUUAAUUUCUUCAUUCCAUUGCUUGUAAAUACUCUUCUAUUUAUUCUGCUUUCUCUAAGGCUGUAUUUUACAUUCAAGCAAAAAACAACCAUUUCAUUCUUUGCAUCCAGUUAUUUUCGUGAAUUCGUUGUACUAUGUUUAUGUAGUUGGUGCUCUUUUAUUACAUGUCUGCUGUCCAACAUUUUUCGCAUUUAUGGAACUUCCUAUUUCCACUAUGCCAUAUGUAACUUGUCUGAGCUUGCGAGUAUUACGUGCUCCUUUUCAUGUUUUGUGGUCAUUUUGUACAUUGUUUUUGACCAGGAACGAUUUUACGAAUGCUAUCCAUGUAUUGUGAAACCAUUGAAGAAGUUCUUACAACAGCGAAAGGCCAAACAAAAGCAGAAGGAUCAAGUACUAUUGUUAGGAAACGAACAAGCUGUUCCAGAAUUUGGUAAUUCCUCUUCAGCAUUUGAUAACAGCAUUGAGACUUCCUAUACCAAUGUGGAAAAUUCACUCCAGGGAAAUGUAUCAAUGGAAUCAUCUAUGGUGAGUCGUUAA